AUGACUGCUUCUUUGACCACAGAUUCGGUUGCCGAUUCCAUAUAUCAGAACAUUCUUACUUCUAUCAUCCAAGAUAUCAUCUCGCGUCAAACAGUGAAGAGAAAGCUUCUGAAACUGCAAUUCCCGGAUGCUAAACCGUAUUACGCUGACCCGUCAGGAACAUUGGAUAUACACGGUAAGGCAAAGCAAGCAGACUCCGCCGUUUACAUCGAAUGUAAUGUCUGUGGACGGGAAGUUAGUGGGAACAGGUUCGCUGCUCAUCUCGUUAGAUGCUUAUCACGUGGUAGAAGGUGA